GAUGUCGUCUGCUGGAGGAGGUUCACUGCAGGACAGGACCUUGAACAAAGUAGCUCUCUGCUCUGCUGUCUUCGCUGGUUUCGCCUACGUGGGUUACUCCUACGCCAAGACUGCCUUCUGCAGGAAGUUGGCACGCAGACACCAGCUGCGUGAUGAAGAAGAGACGGAGGUGUCAAGAGUGGUGUUCCGGAGGUUGUCACAGACCACGCAGACAGAUGCUCUCUUGGGCAACCUGGACGUCAGCGGAACCACCGGAAAGCUCAUCAUACGCCCCAAGACGGUUCAGGAAAGAAUUCGUGAGCUGAACCUUAUGGCACGACAGUUUGCCGAUACGUUCAUAGCUAUCCAGGCAGGUAAUGGCCAUGCUGGUCAUUCUGGUCAAGCAGUCUCUCGCAACUGUGCUAUCCACGAUCCUAAGAGCUUACAGUGUUCGCCCUGGAGUUCCCCCCGACUCCUCAGUCCUGUCGAUGUUAGACAUCUGAUCACUUCAAGAUCAACAGAGAAUCUGACUCAUAUGCCACCAGAUGGCACUCUCUGCAGACCAAAGUGGGUACGCAGAAGUUUACGGAAGAAGAAAGCCGGGCAGAACAGUGACCUGGAUGGCAAGCAGCGGCAGCGAAGAGUGGAGGCAGACGCUCGGGAGCUUUACGACAACACCAAACACGAGUUGACGCAGAGACUGGAGAACCUGCGCACCAGAGGCAGAGUGCUGACGCCUUACGAAGCCAAGAGCCUGGUGGCGCUGCUGUACUCUGAGGACAAGACGCUGGUGGAGAGGACGCUUGUCACUAUUGCCAACUGUGCCGCUUUCAGCGUCAACUUGGAUUUUUUGAGAGAGAUGGGUUGCAUCCACCGACUCACGACCCUUCUGGACGACGAUGAUGUUCGGUUGCCAGCUGUCCAGACACUGGGAAAUGUGGUCCUAUCUGAGGAAAAUAUCAGGGAAGCCAGAGAUUGCCUACCUAUCCUCAUGAGUUUUUCAGAACAGUCCGCUACGAUGCUUAGGUGGCAUCCCUGGUGGUGUCACAAAUAUUGCAACCAUCUGAAUGGCAUGACAGUACUCUCGUCUACACAGACUAUUAACUGGUUGACAGCAACAACCUUUGCACAUUCAACUCCAGGAGUCUGGAGACUACUGGUUCAACCUUCCUGUAACCGUGAGCAUGUUCCUUCCAUGCUGGCUGCUGAACAUGAUGAUGCUUCUUCCCCCACAAGCAUGCGAGGCGACAGGUAUGCCCGUCUGUUCGGAGUCAACGUCCGAGACCGUCUAGUGGCACAAACACAAGCACUGUUUGAAAACCAUGAAGAUCCGGAGAUCCAGCGACAAGCAACCAGACUGUACAGAGCACUCAAGGAUUAAGUAUCUCUCGUAGUUUUAAGUUGCGCUUAAAGUAAGGAAUCUAAAUCUCCUUGUUGAAAGGUGUAUUUAUCCAUGGGAAUGGUGGGCGUAAAGGUUGCAUUUAAAUGUGUGGUUGGUAAAUCUAGAUUUGUUUGCAUAAACAGAGGACAAUGAAGGUAAUGUCAGACUUUUAACGCGGUAUAGAUCAUUUCCUGAAAUAUCACAUGGUAAAUGAUGGUUGACAGCAAUUCUGAGUUGUGUUUUAAGUGAACGAUGUUUUCUUUUGUGGGUGUAAUUAAUUUGUUGGUUUAUUUUUACAUGCAAGUUCAGUCUUUACACCUUUGUGGGCACUUUUGUGAAUAAUUCCACCUGCCGUAUUUUCCGGCAUUAGGGGCACACAGCGGAAGUAUCAUAACGGUAAACCAGUAAUUGUAUUCAAGGGCUAAUUACCCUCUUACUUUACGCUAAAGCAUAACAAAACGCCUACCCUUGACCCUGACCUCGAGCAUAUAAGACGCAGGUUAAUUUUCCAAGACUUUUUGCGGGAAAAAAGGCGCGCCUUAUAUGCCAGCGAACACCUCAACCAAACCUAGUUGUGUAUGAUUUGUGGCACUGCUGUGUCUGAUGCCACUUACCCAUCCUGGGUAUACAGUAUAUCAUUUGUGACACUGCAGUGAAUGAUACCAUCUUAGAGGUAGAGGAGAUGUUAAUUGACAAAAACAUCAAUAUAGAAUUUCUUGAAAGAUAUACCACAAGGGGUUUGUUGGCAGAGAAUGUCAUUGGAGUUUCACAUUCAACUCGUCGACGGUGUACAUUACAACUUCAUAUGCCUCAGUGCUUUGUAAUGGUCCUCUGUGUGUAUGUAUGUCCUGUGUGUGUGUAUAUAGUGUAUGAAUAUAUAUAAUAAUGUAUGCUACCUAAAGUGUGAAAAAGCACAAUGUUAAUGCAGGACUGGGAAGUGCGAGACCUUCGGUAUUCAUGUUCCAGCAAGUUUUAUGUUUAUGUAGAAGACUUUGUGGUCGUAAAUUUUACAUUGGCAUCAGAGAAUGCCCUGUGGACAUUGAAUUGGCAUUGCCAAAACUCCAUACAGGGUUUGCAGUAAUUGUCUUGGAUACCAUUUCUCUUGCAUGUUGAAAAUGGCAUAAAAUACUGACAUGUUGAUGAGUAAUAUACAUAUACAACAGUUGGGUUUCUUUAUUGUGGAAACAUCUUGCCUACACAGCAGACUUCUUCAGUCAUUUAAAGAGACGGCAGAAGCAGUGGAGAUGAAAAGACAAUAUAAUCAGUCCGUCACGCUGGAAGACAUAAUCUUGAAGCGAUCAGUCCCACAGCCUGGAGAAGAGUUCAGCUCUGUGGAGUUGACCACCUCAAAAUUACGUCUUCCAGGAUGACAGACUGAUUAUAUCAUCUUUUCAUCUCCACUGCUUCUGCCGUCUCCUCUGUAUAUGACUGAAGAAGCCUAAUGUGUAGGUGAAAUGUUUCAACGAUGAAGAUACCCAACUGCUGUACAUGCUUGUUACCAUUUCUCUUCAUAAUAUAAUCUGUAAAAUGUUCUCAUAGCUUGGCAGUAAGUAUUGGGAAAAUCAUCUCUCUUCAGACAUACUGUGUUCAUUAUUCUUGAAGCUUGAUAAAAGCUUACUGUUGAAGUGACGUAGGCAGUAUCUCUCUUCAGACAUACUGUGUUUAUUGAAGCUUACUGCAGACUCACAAGAGCUAGUUUUCAAUGUUAUUAAUGGGAGCAUUAUUGGUGACUGAAGCUUGGACACACUGUAUGCGUUCACGAUACAGUGGUCCUGUCGGUACACCAGCCGUACUGAACACUGAUAAGAAUAUGCAAGAAUAUUAAAGAAUAUUGCACUAGAAUGCUGCCUGAGGCUGGGCCACCCAGCCAACGAUUUGUGAAAUCACAAGUGGAUAUUUAAUAGAUAUCACCUCCCAUCUUGUACUAUCUGGAUACAUUUUGAAUAAGACACAAUCUCUGACCCCUGCGUGCUAUGUAGGUGCAUCUCUCGUAAGUUUUACUAAGUAAUGUGUCAUAAUUUUUUAUUAAGUUAAGUCUACCUAUGUGCUGUAAUGUCUGAGAUGAUAGAUCUAGGAAAAAAUAUAUGUGCUACAGUGUUUAUGGCUUGGAUAAGUUUGGCCGUACAUGACCACUUGUGUGUUAUGUUAGUGAUGUAUCGGAUUAGACAGUUAGGACCACCUGUGUAUUAAGUCUUGCUUCAGUCUCCGUGUUUCUGCUGUCUCCCUGUCUUUCUACUGUCUCUCCCUGUCUUACUUCCAUCUCUUCCUGUCUUACAUCCAUCAGCUACUCAUCCUUCUUGAAAACACUCUCUUGCCUUUAUGUAUUAUUGCAUUUAUUAUUAAUAAUAUAUAAUACAGUUGGUUAAAUUAGGUUAUCUUAACCAAACUGACGUAAUAACUAACGUAGAGGCAGACUCAUAUAAAGUAAAAAAAAUAAGUAAUGUUGGUGCUAGGACACAUUUUGUUUCAGUUAAGUUUGGUCAGUUAAGAUUACUUGCAUGCUGUGUAACUAAUGUCUCAUAUGAUCACUUUAUUAACCGGCUCUAGUGCGUUAAGUCAGCAAAGAUGCCAUGUGAAUAAAUGGAAGAAUGGAAAGGGUCUUGAACUGUGGUUGAUGCAGAGAGACUCUAUCACUCCUUGUCCAUUCUCUUUAUUCACUGGCAGUCUUUUGUUACUAGCCGAGUGUAUUCUGUUUACCACCUGAGUGUAUUCUGUUUGACCUGAGUGUAUUCUGUUUGACCUGAGUGUAUUCUGUUUGACCUGAGUGUAUUCUGUUUGACCUGAGUGUAUUCUGCUUGACCUGAGUGUAUUCUGUUUGACCUGAGUGUAUUCUGUUUACGACCUGAGUGUAUUCUGUUUUAUAAGCCAGAGGUAUCCACUUUGCUGUGGUACAGUCAUGGGUACUGAAGAAUCUUAUCACCCAGUCUUGGUGUGAAAGGCAUUUGUAUUUGUCUAUUAGAUUAGUGAAUAUUUGUGAAUAUAAUAUACAUUAUAUUGUACACUCGCAUGCACUGCAGGCUGGGUGUACACCACCAGACACUUUGUAUACUACUCGUGCUGGGAUUUGUAACUGUUACCAGAUCUACCUAUAGAAGGCGCUAUGUACAUUUCUGCUGCAUCUUGCACAUUGCCACGAGUGACGGCAUCAGUCACGGGUAAUGAAAAAACUCUUAAGCAAACUGUAAAUAUGCUUUGAAUUCUAAAUGUCAAAAAUCCCACAUUACUACUAUGGCCAUAGUAGUUUAUUUACUUACGACGGCAUUUCUUUAUCAUUUCACUUUUUUCUACCUCAUGGAUAAAGUGCUUUAACUCUGUAGUCUUUAACCUUUGUGCCAAUGAUGAUUAGUCAGUAUUUUUUAUCAUAUAGCUUUACCGGCUUUAUAGCGAGAAAUAAUGAGAGCACUGGGGUCAACUCUGGGCAGCAUUGGCUAAUUUCAGAACAUCGUAAAUAUCGCUGCCUGACCUUCACAUCUUGUUACUGGCAACAUGUUGUAGCAUCGGCUCUUGUUUAUGACUUGAAGGAUAUGUCUGGGGGGGGGGGGUUCGGUGCCCAUACUGCCUGGUCCCAGACCAGGCCUCAAGGUGGGUCAAGGCCUGAUCAACCAGGCUGUUACUGCUGGUUGCACAAGCAGCAAAUAAAUCGUGGAAUGGGUGGGGUUUGAACCCAUGGCAAGUGGUACCUAAAAUUCAGAGGCCAGUAUGUUAACCACUUGGCCAGCUGGCUGAGUCAAGAUACAGGCAGCAGCCCGGCUGGUCAGGAAAUGAUUUGAAGAAAUUGUUAAAUGGUGAGAAUAUUAACAAACACCUGAAACAUGACAAGAUUUUGCAGAAUAAAAGCUGGAUGCUGUGACUGGAACAAUUCACACGUAUCCCACAAAUCUGAAACAAACUCAGUGUUUUUAUCUAUCUUUGACUAUUAUAAAGUCAUGAGUACCCUGAUCAUAUCAUCAAAUUUUACCUUCAAGCUGUAAAUUAGUUGUAAGCAGAAUUUAAUAUUCUUUUAGUCUUGGACUGGAAAUGUUUUAAAAUUUUGACAUCUGAUAGCAUAAAGUUCCCUUGCACAGACAUAGACUUUGAUAUUCCCGCCAAGUACAGGUGCUCCUCAACUUAGUUGGGCGAUGUUCCAACGAACCCGUUGUAAGUCGAAAAUAUUGUGAGUGAAAUAUGAAUACGAGUUGCUAAAUAAAUAAUAAAAAACUAUUGUCACUAAACAGAAAUUCUUUCUUUCAUUCAACACACCGGCCGUAUCCCACCAAGGCAGGGUGGCCCAAAUCGAAAAACGAAAGUUUCUCUUAAAUUUAGUAAUUUAUACGGGAGAAGGGGUUACUAGCCCCUUGCUCCCGGCAUUUUAGUCGCCUCUUACAACGCACAUGGCUUACGGAGGAAGAAUUCUGUUCCACUUCCCCAUGGAGUAAACAGAAAUUACUGUAACUAAAUUCCAGUAUGUACUGAGAAUUAGAAACAAAAUGUAUUCAAGUUAGGGACUUGCCGCCUUCAUUAUGGGUAAUUAAUUCAGGUUUCAUCUCCAAGGUAAUUGUAAAGUCAAAAUAUUAUAAGUCAAGGAGCACCUGUAUAUGACAUCAUGAAUAUGAAGCAUAGAUAAACUUUCUUAACAUGUGACAUCCCCUCGACAACAAGAAUACGGCAGCAAUACACAGACAAACUUAACUACCAUUUGACAAUUUCUAACAUCAAUUAACUUAAAUACCAGUAUACUUAAUAUUAACUUAGUUUUCAGGCAGUAGAAAUAAAGGCAAAUGUUAGUAGGAAGUUCCUUUAUUACUCUUCCCUCAAGGUUGAAUCUGCCUAAUAAGUGUCAGGGGCCCAAGACUGUUCAACAGCCCCCUAUCAUACAUAAGGGGGAUUACCAUUAGACCUACUUUAUUUAGUAGAUCUUAUUGGUAAUAAAAUCAUUCACUGUAAUACAAUUGUCUGACAGCAGCGUACGAGCCUUCGGGACUAAGAGUGUUAAUAUACAGUCAUUUCUCUUAUAAACCUUCUGUGUGCUGUGUAUUUCUUGGAAAUGAUUGAAAAACUACAGCCAGAAUUGAGAAGCACUUAAAGAAUAAGAAGGCACAAUACCGUAUCUGGAAUAAUACACAAAUAACCCAGAAUUAAUGGUGCAAGUUGGACUGUAACGCCAUCAUAAGUUUCAUUCUCCUAUGUGCGGGUUAUUUGUGUUCUGAAAAGCACUUACCAUGAAAGCCUUAGUACACGCUGUUCAAUUGUGGAUGUACUUUCAAUCAUAUUUCCAAAAAAUUCAACUAUACAUACAGGUUUACAAUAGAGGUUGAUUGUAUAAAUUUGUGCCGCAUACUGACUUGUGAAUACUCAGCAGGAGCACCUCAGUUACUCCUCAUUUCUUGCUACAUUCAUAGAUGCUCUUCUGUUACAUACUAACUUCUGUGUUAAUGUUCUCCGUUUAGAAAUUUUGUAAUCUUAACGUGUUCCAGGUAAUGUUUUUUGGCUGGAAAUACAUUUAAAUCUCAAAUUAUGCUUAUAUUCUUUGUUAGGUAAUGACAUACAGCAUUUAAAAUUUCCUGUGAUUAGGAAAUGGCAUGAGUGAAUAGGUGAAAGAAUGAGAUACAGUAAAUUUUGGAAAUGGCAGAGUAAUUGGGGAUUGUCCAAGUGUUCGUUAAAUCAUGACAAUGUUGAAAAAUCACAGGAAAAACAGUAAAGUGCUCUACUAUGUUCCUAACAUAGUAUUGUAUGCACAAUUUACAGAUAUACUGCUAUAAACAUUGUAACUAAAGGGGGUUAAAUCUACUGUUCACUCAGUGGAUUUUGCUUAUUAUUUUAGAAGUCUGCUAGAUUGAGGUCUAUUAUAAGUAGAGUUUACUGUAUAUAUAGUUUCUGUGGAUGUCUUGGCAGCUACAGCAUUAUGAAGAAGGUUUUUGAAGGAUAAACAACCACCAUCGUGAUUGCCAUAGUUUGCUGCCAUGUUGUUGUUGCUCACAGUUGAUCUUAUCCAGGAUGGACCCAAACCUCGCCCAGUUUUCAUCUGUCGUGAGUUAGCCACAUUUUCUGUUUGUGAUGGGAAGUGUAAACAGGGAUUUACUUACAAUUAUUUGUUGCUUUGUUGUUGCUGUUUUUGUUUGCCCACCAGCUUCCCGAGCAUCUAUUAUCUAGUUAGUUGUCUAGUCUUAACUCAGUAUGAAUGGUAUUAUAUAGUGACACAUGCUAAUGGAACAUAACACGUACAGGAAGGCCCUACAUGUACAGCACCUGUUUUCAGUGUUCCACAUUUUCAUUGGCUUUCAUUUGAGCUAACGUUCCACUUGCUGGUGAGUCGUUGGCAGGUGGAACAUAAUGAACAAUGGCUCAGCUUGAAGCCAAUGAAGAUGUGGAACAGCAAAAAAGAAGGUGCUGUAUACGUGAAGCCUCCUGUAUGUACUGUAUCACACUUUAUAGAGAUAAUGUUUCAUCCACCUGUGAUUGUUUUACAUGAUGGUAGGAUUGCUGGCGUCUUUGUUUUUGUCCCAGAAAUACGCAGGAUAGCAGGUGUGUCUUGCUACUUCUACUUAUAUUACACUACACAUGCAUGAUCUUCUUCUUUCAACAAACCAGCCGUAUCCCACUGAAGCAAGGUGACUGAAAAAGGAGAAGAAAAGUUUCUCUUUUAACUUUAGUAAUAUAUACAGGAGAAGGGGUUCCUAGCACCUUGCUCCCGGCAUUUUAGUCGCCUCUUAUGACACGCAUGGCUUACGGAGGAAGAAUUCUGUUCCACUUCCCCAUGGAGAUGAGAGGAAAUAAACAAGAACAAUAACUAGAAAGAAAAUAGAAGAAAACCCAGAGGGGUGUGUAUAUAUGUUUGUACAACACAUUCAUGUACAUGCAUAUACAGUGGACCCCCGACUUACGAUAUUAAUUCAUUCCAGAAGGCUGUUGGGGUACCGUUGCCGAACGAAUUUGUUCCCAUAAGGAAUAUUGUAAAUUAGAUUAAUCCGUUUCAGACCCCAAAAAAUACACUUACAAAAGCACUUACAAAAAUACACUUACAUAAUUGUUCGAGUUGGGAGCUGUUUGUAAGUCGGGGGUCCACUGUAUAUAUAUAUAUAUAUACAGUGGACCCCCGCAUAACGAUCACCUCCGAAUGCGACCAAUUAUGUAAGUGUAUUUAUGUAAGUGCGUUUGUACGUGUAUGUUUGGGGGUCUGAAAUGGACUAAUCUACUUCACAAUAUUCCUUAUGGGAACAAAUUCGGUCAGUACUGGCACCUGAACAUAUUUCUGGAAUGAAAAAAUAUCGUUAACCGGGGGUCCACUGUACACUCAUCUGGGUUUUCGUCUGUGUUCUUAAUAGUUCUUUAUUUCAUUUUAUCUCCAUGGGGAAGUGGAACAGAAUUCUUCUUCCGUAAGUCAUGCAUGUCCUAAGAGGCAACUAAAAUGCCAGGAGCAAGGUGCUAGUAACCCCUUCAUCCACCUGGAAGUUUAUCAGUUCUUCUAUUCUCUGAUAGUCACUGAUAUUUGAAACAUCUCAGUAGAGCGACAUAAAUCACACACCUUCUUAGUGGCCUUGGUGGAGGUUGAGCUUUUAUCUGAGGAUGAUUGUUGCAGAUACAGUACACUUGUAAUUUGCUUCAGAGAGUAACAUAAGUCAUAUGCAUACUGUAGCCUUCACAACAUUAAGUCAGGACUUGACAUGACCUUGGCAUACUUCUUGCCUCUUCACCUAACCUAAAUUGUGGCACUUUUCUUUACCUCACCUGUCUCCUAUCUAGCCUCACCUUUUCACCUGACUUGUUCUGUGAUAUUGCUCUUCACCUGACCUGGAUUAUGGUAUUUUUCUUCACCUGACCUGUCUCCUGUCUAGCCAUGCCUUUGCACCUGACUUGUUUUAUAUUUUUCUUUGCCUGACCUGUCUCCCAUCUUCCUCCUUAACUCUCUACCUGACCUGUCUUUCAGUUUUACCACUUCUGUCAGUUGUAACUUUGUAAUGGUCCCAGACACUCAGGAAGGUCAUCUGUUCCCCUCCCAGUGCAGGAUCUUUUCUCUUCCAUGUACAGUGGACCCCCAGUUUACAAUAUUAUUUCAUUCCAGAAGUAUGUUCAGGUGCCAGUACUGACUGAAUUUGUUCCCAUAAGGAAUAUUGUGAAUUAGAUUAGUCCAUUUCAGACCCCCAAACAUACACAUACAAGCGCACUUACAUAAAUACACUUACAUAAUUGGUCGCAUUGGGAGGUGAUUGUAAAGCGGGGGUCCAUUGUACAGUGGUACCGCGAGAUACGAACAGCUGAAAACUCUUAACAGUUAUGUAAGUGUAUUUACGUAAGUGCUUUUGUAAGUGUAUUUUUGGGGGUCUGAAACGGAUUAAUCUAGUUUCCAUUAUUCCUUAUGGGAACAAAUUCGUUCGGUAUUGGCACUCAAACAGCCUUCUGGAAUGAAUUAAAUUCGUAUCUCGAGGAACCACUGUACAGUGGAACCUCAGUACUUGAACUUAAUUUGUUCCAGAAGGCUAUUCAAGUGCUGAUCCAUUCGAGUAUCAAACGAAUUCUUCCCAACCAAUUUUCUUUUUGGUUGGCUGUUAUCACUAAUCUUAGUAGGCCCCAUGCUGACUUAUUUAUACAAAUA